AUGGCAGCCAAAACGAAGGUCAACGGUCUCAAUGGAAUGCAUACGGCCGGCAUUUUCUCCGACAUGACGGUGGACGGGCCAGAAAUUGGAACAUUGGUUGUUAUUGUUGAUAGAGCAAAGAACCUCCCAAAUCGAAAGACAAUUGGCAAGCAGAAUCCUUACUGUGCAGCGAGGUUAGGGAAAGAAGCCAAGAAGACGGAGACCGAUCGAAGAGGAGGCCAAACACCCAGAUGGGAUCAGGAGCUUCGAUUUACCGUACACGACUCACCCGAUUAUUUGCAAUUGAAGGUCUCGGUAUUCAACGACGACAAAAGGACCGAUUUGAUUGGGGAGACCUGGGUCAGCUUGCAAGAAGUCGUGGUUCCUGGGGGAGGGCAAAGCGAUACUUGGCACACCCUGAGCUGUAAAGGCAAAUACUCUGGAGAGGUCAGGGUAGAAAUCACGUAUUACGACACACGACCCAAGCAAGAGAAGGCAGAAAAGGCGAGACAGGCAGGCGCUGCCAGCACUGUAGAGGAUGGAGGGAGAGAGACGCUGAAAGGACCGAGGCAGCCGAAACCUGCAGUGAAAAGACGACCGUUGCCAUCUGACCCAGUCACUGGAGCUCCACCACCAAACGCCAUCCCCGAUCACGUUCAAACUCCUCCCCGAGGGUUCAAAUCACCGGCUGGGACACCCGAGCACACAAACUCACCAACUCGAGGUUACGAGCAAUCGAUGAAUGGUCCGGAAUACACCCAGACACCUCCACGUGCUCAGCCUCAAGCACCGAAUGCAAUUCCUGACCACAUUCAAACCCCUUCAAGAGCAUCGCCGGUUGCGAUUCCACAGCAUAUUCAAACUCCCCGAUAUCAGAGUCCAGGGUAUAUAUCAAAUCAAUCACCACUGCAGAAUGUAGAGUAUGGAACUCCAUCUAAUCAAUAUUCAACGACUAGUUACGACAGAAGCCCGACAUGGGAUGGAUAUGGCUCCAACAGGGCAUUUCCACACGAGGAGAGAAGCGAGCUUUACGAUUCCAAUAACUCUAGAAAGGAUGUAAGAAACAACUACGCAACUAGCCAAACAUCGAAAGGCUAUAGUGGCCACCAGGUUUACAAUAACGAAGAUGAGGAACACAUAGAUUCUCGAGACCCCUACAGCAGACAUAGUCCCUAUGAGAUACCACCAUCUGAUGAGUACGGGUCUCCUCCAAGCCCAGUGGGGCCACCGCCCCCGCCUCCUGCCCAUGGGACCCGUCAUGGUAGCAGUCAAGUGAGCCCGCAACCAGCUAUCAGAUCUCAAGAGCACUAUGCAUUCGCUGCCCCGAUCAGGGCAAAUACAUGGGAUACGAACCUCUCGAACGAAGCGCAUCGAAACUCAUUGUCCUCGUACUCUCAACCUAAGCCGUACAUGGCUUAUGUCACUCCCAAGAAGGACGAUCAAUAUCGAAAAGAAAAUUCAAGGCCAUAUCAAGAGGCGGAGCCUAGACAUCAUUCGUAUGAUGGAAGGUACAGUGCUGACUACGGCUCGAUGCAGCCUACCGUGGAGGAUGCACCUCCAUCUCCCUCGGCACCACACUACUCGGGACACAGAGGAAGUGCUUCGCAGUCGCCUGGUGACAGAAGACAUACUGAAGUCCCAUCACCAGCUCCGCUCAAUCUGAGUGGGAGAGGAAGCGUUGCAUCUGGGCGAAACAGUAUUUCGACCCCACCAGUUCAUCCUGGCAUGCACCAGCAUUCGAACAGCAAUGGCUACAAUUCUUCUAGUUCUCAGAUAUCACUAAGAGAUCGAUCCCAGACUGCAGCUUCUAUGUCUUCACGAACCUCGUACAAUUCGCUGCCACAGCAAUAUCAGAUGGCACGAAAACCAUCACGGAAUCAACUUGCAGAAAUUGAACCGGACUAUGGCCUGCCUGCGGUUCCACCGACUCUUGUCGCUGGUAUUGACCCCAUGAUUGCUCAGGAAAUCCAGGAAAGGAUAUAUGACGAGCGCAGAAAGAGCUUCAGCAACCAAGGGCCAAGUCCGAUGUCUCGGGGCUCUUAUGACGACCCUGGUCACAACAAUCAAUAUCAAACUAGGCAAGAAUUCGAUUCAUAUCAAGAAGACGCAAUGGUACCAUAUGCAGCUUCCGCGGCCCCAUCUUCAUACAGUGGGCGACAAAGCCGAUAUUCCAACACGACUGGCACGGUGGUACACAAACCAAGAGGUGUCUCUCCUGACCCUAGAGUACCUGCGCGAAAGUCUGUGAGUCCAUCUCCAGGUCCUGCUCCAGAGGAGACCCGACGCCUCUCUGGUAUUCCUUUCGGACCAGAUUCCUAUAACGCCUUGAACCCUAAAAUAACUGGUUCUGUGUCAACACCUUCUCUGAGCGCUAGAUACGAUAUCCAGGAGCCCGACGCAGAUGCGAAGAUUAUCACACAUGACGGUCGGGAGAUUGACCCUAGUGAUCAUAUUCCCGAGUCUAACUACGCACCUCUCCUCGAAUCCAAAGCGCCCAAGUAUGCCUCACAAAUGCCAGACCGUAAUUAUCGAGCACCCCCCAGCAGUUCUCAGCCAAACUCUGGUCGCAAGCAGCUAAAAGUGGUUGCCCGACCAGUAUCUAUGUCUACCUCGCCAUCCGGGCCGGCUGUAUACAUGGGUACUGGGCCGAAUGAUCCAUUGUCGAAUACGGGUCGAAAUCGGUUACAAAAGAAGUCAAACAGGAUGUCUGCUGCGCCGGCACCGCAGUCGAGUCCUUUAGCUCCAAUAACACCACAUCAGAGCAACAGCUAUAGUUCGAGAAGUGUGCCAAGACCCAAUACAGCCACAUACGACUCAAAUGAAAACUACAACCCAAGCCCAAGCUAUGGGGGUAGUUAUCGCGGAAGUGCCGGCCCACCUCCCAUUCCAGCCAAAGUCCCUAUGCGUAUGGACUCUGGUGUUCCACAAUCUUCGGGUGCAGAUGCGUGGACCUUGCUUGAUGAGAUGAAAAAUAUUGACCUUGGCAAUGGUCGAUCGCGAAGACGUGGUCAUUAUUAA